UUCCGUAGAAGUGCGUCAUAAACAAACCCCAUCACUCCAGGCAGUGAUGGCGGAGGUUGAUGAGACGGACGUGAUGAUGAACUAUCACGGGGAUUUCCUAAAAGGCGAUAAAAAGAACAGUCGCUACCCUUACAGUAUUGUUUGGACUCCUAUUCCUAUUCUAUCGUGGGUGUUCCCAUUCAUUGGUCACAUGGGUAUCUGCACCUCUGCUGGAAUCAUAAGAGAUUUUGCAGGAUCCUAUUUUGUUUCGGAGGACAACAUGGGUUUUGGCAGACCAACAAAGUAUUGGAAGCUUGAUGUGGACAAAGUGUGUGGCAAUGGUGCUGCUACAUGGGACAAAGCUGUGUAUGAUGCGUCUGAGGAAUACAAGUGUCGACAGCACAAUUUGUGCUUAGAUAACUGUCAUUCCCAUGUUGCCAUGGCUCUCAACCUCAUGCGCUACGAUAACAGCACAUCAUGGAACAUGCUGAACCUGUGUGUGCGGUCUUUUAUUAAUGGGAAACAUGUAAGCUGGGCAGCGUUCCUCAAAACCUGGCUUCCCUUCUUCAUGCUCAGUGGGGUCCUCGCCACGUUCAUCCUCACAUUCAACCUGCAGUAAGGAAGGCAGCAGUUAGCCUGGAAAAACUUCCACAGACUUUACAUUUCAUGCUUUCAUGCUAAGCUGUUAACAUGAAUGACGUGUUUAUGUAGAACUUUUGUUCAUGCCUAAAAUUCCUGAUGAAAGACAUCAUUGUGUGUUAGUGAUCUUGUCUCGGGGAGAGUAUUUAAGGACGCCGGGCUGUUUGUGAGUAGCUUGAAAUCAAGGAUGUAUGUUUGAACAAGUAUUUUGUCUGUACUCAGAAUUUAUGAUUUGAUGAGGUGUGUUAUAUAAACUAUCAACUAAAUAUCUGUUUAAAAUUGAGUGUUUUUCACAUGGUGGGUUCUUUGUGUUUCUUAGAAAUCAGAGAUACAGAAUGAAGUCAGAUUAUCAUUUUCUAGAUUGCACCACAGCAGAGCAAUACUUCAAAACCUGGAGACAUAUUUCUCAAGAUUGUGUGUUCAGACAGGCUAAUGUAUAUUUCAGUGAUGAAUCAAACAAAGUCUUACCGCUUAAAGUAUUCAUGAAUUAUUUGUGUAAGAGAUAGGAGCUCCUAACAAAGAUAAAAAGAUGUAGGGCCCCUGGGUGAGAAAAGGUCUCUGUUUUUUCCUGUAAAAAUCUUCUCCCCCCCUUGUCUUUAAAAUCAAAUGUGUUAUUGGACAUUAGUUUAUAACUAUUAUUUGUAUUUGUGUAUUAUUUGAUGGACUUUUAAUGCUUUCUGACUUCACCCUUGUGCUGGAAUGUUCCUUCAAAAAUGCUACAUAAAGUUUCUUUUUAUUUAA